CUCUCAGCAGGAUCCAGCAGCCAGGGUGAAGCCACCCCUGGGUAUCCACAGCCUUCCAGCACAGCCUUCAGCCAAUUAUCCCGGGACAAUGUCUCAUUCCAAGGAGUCAGAUGAGCUCGUGUUCUUUGUGAAUGGGAGAAAGGUCGUCGAGCGGAAUCCAGACCCUGAAAUAAACUUACUGUUCUACCUGAGGAAAAAACUUGGACUCACAGGGACCAAGUACGGCUGUGGAGGAGGGGACUGUGGCGCCUGCACAGUGAUGAUCUCUAGAUACGAUGCCAUCGCUGAAAAAAUCCGUCAUUUCUCCGUCACUGCCUGCCUGGUGCCCAUCUGCUCUCUCUACGGGGCCGCCAUCACCACCGUGGAAGGUGUUGGAAGCACCAAAACCAGGAUUCACCCCGUACAGGAGAGGAUUGCGAAAAGCCACGGCACCCAGUGUGGGUUCUGCACCCCUGGAAUGGUGAUGAGCAUCUAUACUCUCCUGAGGAACCACCCAGAGCCCUCCCCAGAGCAGUUAAUGGAAACUCUAGGUGGUAACCUGUGCCGCUGUACUGGCUACAGACCCAUUGUGGAGGCCGGGAGUAGCUUCAGCCCUAGUUCAUCUUGCUGCCAAAUGAACAGGGACGGGAGAUGUUGUUUGGACCAAAAACAAAAUGAACAUGAGAGCAAAGCUAAUGUUUGCACCAAACUGUAUGAAAAAGAAGAAUUUCAACCCUUGGACCCAACUCAGGAAUUUAUAUUUCCACCUGAACUGAUGAGAAUGGCAGAAGAGCCCCAAAAGAAAGUCCUGACUUUCCAUGGGGAAAGGACUACCUGGAUCACCCCGGGAACUCUGAACGACCUUCUGGGGCUGAAAAAGAAGUAUCCCAAAGCCCCUCUCGUGGUGGGGAACACGUGUGUCGGGCCUGAUAUGAAGUUCAGAGAAGUUGUCCAUCCAGUGAUCCUCUCUCCUGCAAGGACUCUGGAACUGUUUGUCGUGGCAACCACUGAAGAAGGGCUUACCUUAGGGGCCGGCCUCAGCCUGGCCCGAGUGAAGGACAUCUUGGCUGAUGUGGUGUGGAAGCUCCCAGAGGAGAGGACCCAGACCUACCGUGCUCUUCUGAAACACCUGAGCACCCUGGCUGGACAACAGAUCCGAAACCUGGCAUCCUUAGGCGGUCAUAUUGUGAGCAGACUUACAACUUCUGAUCUCAACCCCAUUUUGGGUGUAGGCCAUUGCAUCCUCAACAUUGCUUCAAUAGAGGGAACACAGCACAUUCCUUUAAACAGUCAUUUUCUUGCUGGAGAUGCAAACCUUAAACCGGAGCAAGUCUUAGUUUCUGUCUUUAUUCCUGUCUCGGAAAAGUGGGCGUUUGUGUCAGCUUUCAGGCAGGCCCCACGUCAACAAAAUGCCCUUGCCACCGUGAAUGCUGGCAUGCGGGUCCUCUUCAAAGAUGGCACACACACCAUUGCAGACCUCAGCAUCUUCUAUGGAGGAGUUGGACCGACCACACGCAGUGCAACUAAGUCCUGCCGGCAGCUUAUUGGAAGGUGCUGGGAUGAGAGGAUGCUCAGUGAUGCCUGCAGGCUUGUUCUAGACGAAGUCACCCUUCCAGACUCCGCCCCGGGAGGAAUGGUGGAAUUCCGAAGAACACUCAUGAUCAGUUUCCUCUUCAAAUUCUAUUUAGAUGUCUUGCAGCAGUUAAAGAUGAGAGACCCCAGUGGAUAUCCUGACACCUCCAAGAAAUUCCUGGAUGCCCUAGCAGACUUUCCUUUGACCACACCCCGUGGGAUACAGUCAUAUGAGCGUGUAGAUCCGCAGCAGCCCCCACAAGACCCAGUGGGUCGGCCCGUCAUGCAUCAGUCAGGGGUCAAACAUGCCACCGGAGAAGCUGUCUUUUGUGAUGACAUGCCUGCCUUCUCGGGAGAACUCUUCCUGGCGGUGGUGACCAGCACCAGGCCACAUGCUAAACUCAUUUCCAUUGACGCCUCCGAAGCCCUGGCAUCACCUGGGGUGGUGGAUGUGAUAACGGCUCAGGAUGUGCCAGGUGACAAUGGCAGUGAAGAAGAAAGACUGUAUGCGCAGGACAAGGUGGCUUGUGUGGGUCAGGUUGUCUGCACUGUGGCUGCCGAUUCAUAUGCUCAUGCCAAGCAGGCUACCCAAAAGGUGAAGAUUGAAUACGAAGAUGUGGAGCCUGUGAUUGUGAGCAUUCAGGAUGCAAUAAAACACAGAUCAUUCAUUGGACCUGAGAAAAAAUUAGAACAAGGAAACAUUGAGGCGGCAUUUCAAUCUGUUGAUCAAAUCAUCGAAGGGGAAGUGCACUUUGGAGGACAGGAACAUUUUUAUAUGGAAACUCAAAGUGUUCUUGUGGUCCCAAAGGCAGAAGAUAAGGAAGUGGACAUAUAUGUGUCAAGUCAGGAUGCAGCGUUUACACAGGAAAUGGUGGCUCAUACCUUGGGUGUGCCAAAGAACAGGAUCAAUUGCCAUGUGAAAAGAGUUGGGGGAGCCUUUGGAGGAAAAGCCAGCAAGCCGGCAUCCCUUGCAGCGAUGGCAGCUGUGGCGGCAAAUAAAACUGGUCACCCAAUCCGUUUUAUUCUAGAGCGUGGGGAUGACAUGUUAAUUACAGGAGGACGCCACCCACUUCUUGGGAAAUACAAGGUGGGCUUUAUGAACAAUGGGAAGAUUGAGGCAGCAGACAUUGAAUAUCACAUCAACGGAGGCUGCACACCAGAUGAAUCUGAAAUGGUAAUAGAAUACGCUUUGCUCAAACUGGAAAACGCUUAUAAAAUUCCCAAUCUGCGUGUCCGAGGACGUGCCUGCAAGACCAAUUUGCCAUCCAAUACAGCCUUCCGGGGCUUUGGGUUCCCCCAGGGAGCGUUUGUAACCGAAGUCUGGCUGGCCGCCGUGGCGGCCAAAUGCAACCUGCCGCCGGAGAGGGUUAGGGAGUUAAACAUGUACAAAGCAAUUGAUAAGACCAUUCACAAGCAAGAAUUUGAUCCAAAGAAUUUGAGAAGAUGCUGGGAGAAAUGUCUGGAGAGCUCCUCCUACUAUAUCAGGAGAAAGGCUGCUGAGGAAUUUAACCAGCAGCAUUAUUGGAAGAAAAGAGGACUUGCCAUUAUCCCCAUGAAAUUCUCCGUUGGGUUUCCAAAGUCAUUUUAUUAUCAGGCAGCUGCUCUAGUUCACAUCUACACGGAUGGGUCUGUGCUGGUUGCUCAUGGUGGAGUUGAAUUGGGACAAGGUAUUAACACCAAGAUGAUACAGGUGGCCAGCCGUGAAUUAAAGAUACCCAUGUCUUACAUACACCUUGGUGAGAUGAACACUGUGACAGUGCCCAACACAAUAGGCACAGGAGGAUCCACAGGUGCAGAUGUCAAUGGAAAAGCCGUGCAGAAUGCUUGUCAGACUCUGCUGAGACGCCUGGAACCCAUCAUCAGCCAAAGUCCUCAAGGCUCCUGGGAGGAGUGGGUCAAUGAAGCUUUUACUCAAAGCAUUAGUCUCUCAGCCACUGGAUAUUUUAGGGGCUAUCGAGCUGACAUGGACUGGGAGAAGGGAGAGGGGAACAUGCCGCCUUACUUUGUUUUUGGAGCCGCCUGCUCGGAGGUUGAAAUUGACUGUCUGACAGGAGCUCACAAGAAUACUAGAACUGACAUUGUCAUGGAUGCUUCCUUCAGUAUCAACCCAGCUGUGGACAUAGGACAGAUUGAAGGAGCAUUUACUCAAGGCCUUGGACUGUACACCAUAGAGGAGCUGAAAUAUUCCCCUGAAGGAGUCUUAUACACCCGUGGUCCAAACCAGUACAAAAUCCCUUCAGUUACUGAUGUUCCCGAGGAACUUCAUGUGUCGCUGCUGACACCAACCCCCAACCCAAUCGCAAUCUACUCCUCCAAGAUUCCCAAAAUUGACUGUAAAUGCUGUAAGCCAUGGUCCAUCGCUGUUGCCUAGUGUUUGGGAUUCAAGAACAUUAAGAACAAGAGUUCAUAUUCUGAUGGAUUUAAAGAUUUAGGAAAUCACUAACAUAAACAUCUUUAAAAUAUAUACAAAAGUGGGGCCAAUUAUUAAAUAUUUUUGUAUUUACAAAAUAUCUUACAAUUCUUGUUAAUAAGUGCAAGCAAUUAUGUUCUUGGAGCUUCACAAAAGUAUGACAUUUAAUUCUGUCAAUCUAGCGCUUUUUAAUUGUGUGCAUAAUUUCUAGGCUGAUUUUAGAAAGAAAUUGUAGACUUAUUAUGUUCCUAUUCUGAGAAAAGUAUAACUUGUAGACAGGAGACUAGAAUGGAUUUUGUUGUAUCCUUUUCUGUGAAGUUUUUUAAAAUUUAAGAUCUAUGCCUAAGAAUUGUCUUGAUUGAUUUUACUACUAAUAUAUUCUGAACAUAUACUAAUUCUGAAUACAUAUUAUAUAAUACAUACAUUCUGAACACUUACUAAUACAUUCUGAAGUAUAAUGAGUGAUAACCCAAAGUGACUAUAAAUAGUUACAUUGCUUACUAAUUGUUUAUUCAUUUGAUUGUUUAGAGUUCUCUAUUAUUGGGCACUCAAUUGAUUCACUCAAUAAAACAUUGGAAAAAAUCAA